AUGGAUACCUGGGAGAUUAUAGAGACCAUUGGCAAAGGCACCUAUGGCAAAGUCUACAAGGUGACAAACAAGAAAGAUGGGAGCCUGGCUGCAGUGAAAAUUCUGGAUCCCAUCAAUGAUAUGGAUGAAGAAAUUGAGGCCGAAUACAACAUUUUGCAGAUUCUUCCUAACCAUCCCAAUGUUGUAAAGUUUUAUGGGAUGUUUUACAAAGCAGAUCACUGUGUAGGAGGACAGCUGUGGCUAGUCCUGGAGCUGUGUAAUGGAGGCUCAGUCACCGAGCUUGUCAAAGGUCUCCUCAGAUGUGGCCAGAGGUUGGACGAAGCCCUCAUCUCCUACAUCUUGUAUGGAGCCCUGUUGGGCCUCCAACAUUUGCACAACCACCGAAUCAUCCACCGAGAUGUGAAGGGAAAUAACAUUCUCCUGACCACAGAAGGAGGAGUUAAGCUCGUUGACUUUGGUGUCUCAGCUCAACUCAGCAGUACGCGUCUCCGGAGGAAUACAUCAGUUGGUACCCCAUUCUGGAUGGCUCCUGAGGUCAUUGCUUGUGAGCAGCAGUAUGACUCUUCCUAUGACGCUCGAUGUGACGUCUGGUCCCUGGGGAUCACAGCUAUUGAACUGGGCGAUGGAGACCCUCCCUUAUUCAACAUGCAUCCUGUGAAGACGCUCUUUAAGAUUCCGAGAAAUCCUCCACCAACUUUACUGCAUCCAGACAAGUGGUGUGAGGAAUUCAAUGACUUCAUCUCACAGUGUCUUAUUAAGGAUUUUGAACAGCGGCCUUCCGUCACACAUCUCCUUGAUCAUCCAUUUAUUACGGGAGCUCAGGGAAAGGUCUUGCUGCUGCGAAAACAGCUGGCCAAGGUGCUCCAGGACCAGAAGCAGCUAAAUCCCGCAUCUAAGACCAGGCACGAGAGGAUGCACACCAGAAGACCCUAUCGUGUGGAAGAUGCUGAAAAGUACUGCCUGGAGGAUGACCUGGUCAAUCUUGAGGUUCUGAAUGAGGACACAAUUAUUCAUCAGUUGCAAAAACGUUAUACAGACUCGCUAAUUUACACCUAUGUUGGAGACAUUCUAAUUGCCUUGAACCCCUUCCAGAGCCUAAGCAUAUAUUCUCCACAGUUUUCCAGGCUUUAUCAUGGGGUGAAACGUGCCUCCAAUCCCCCGCACAUAUUUGCAUCAGCAGAUGCUGCUUACCAGUGCUUGGUGACUUUCAACAAAGACCAGUGUAUUGUCAUCAGUGGAGAAAGUGGCUCGGGGAAGACAGAAAGUGCCCACCUGAUUGUUCAACAUCUGACUUUCCUGGGAAAGGCAGACAAUCAGACAUUGCGAGAGAAGAUUCUUCAAGUGAACUCUCUGGUGGAAGCCUUCGGGAAUGCGUGCACGGCCAUCAAUGACAAUUCCAGCCGGUUUGGGAAGUAUCUAGAAAUGAUGUUCACACCGACUGGAGCUGUGAUGGGCGCAAGAAUCUCAGAGUACCUCCUGGAAAAGUCCAGAGUUAUCAAACAGGCAGUGGGAGAGAAAAAUUUUCACAUAUUUUAUUAUAUUUAUGCUGGUCUUUACCACCAGAAGAAACUCUCAGAGUUGAAACUUCCUGAGGAAAAGCCUCCUAAGUACAUAGCUGAUGAAACGGGGAGAGUCAUGCAUGACAUAACUUCCAAGGAGUCUUACAGAAGACAGUUUGAAGCCAUUCAGCAUUGCUUCAGGAUUAUUGGGUUCACAGACAAGGAGGUGAACUCCGUGUACAGAGUUCUGGCUGGAAUUUUGAAUAUUGGGAACAUUGAGUUUGCAGCUAUUUCCUCUCAACACCAAACAGAUAAAAGUCAGGUGCCCAAUGCCGAAGCUUUGGAGAAUGCUGCCUCGGUUCUCUGCAUCAGCCCUGAAGAACUGCAGGAAGCCCUCACAUCCCACUGUGUGGUCACUCGAGGGGAGACCAUUGUCCGUGCCAACACAGUGGACAGAGCUGCGGAUGUCCGGGAUGCCAUGUCCAAAGCCCUGUAUGGCAGACUCUUCAGCUGGAUUGUCAACCGCAUCAACACUCUCCUGCAGCCAGACAAAAACAUAUGUAGUGCCGACGAUGGAAUGAAUGUGGGGAUCUUGGAUAUAUUCGGGUUCGAGAAUUUUCGGAGAAAUUCCUUCGAGCAGCUCUGUAUAAACAUCGCCAAUGAACAAAUCCAGUACUAUUUCAACCAGCAUGUGUUUGCCCUUGAGCAGAUGGAGUACCAGAAUGAGGGCAUUGAUGCCAUCCUUGUGGAGUAUGAGGACAACCGUCCGCUCCUGGACAUGUUCCUGCAGAAGCCCCUAGGCCUGCUUGCACUCUUAGAUGAGGAGAGUCGGUUUCCCCAGGCAACGGACCAGACUCUGGUUGAUAAAUUUGAAGACAAUCUGCGAUGCAAAUUCUUCUGGAGACCCAAAGGAGUGGAACUGUGCUUUGGCAUCCACCACUAUGCUGGAAAGGUGUUAUAUGAUGCCUCUGGAGUUCUUGAGAAAAACAGAGACACCCUUCCUGCCGAUGUGGUUGUAAUCCUAAGAACAUCCAAAAACAAGCUUCUCCAGCAACUUUUCUCAAUCCCUUUAACCAAAACAGGUAAUUUGGCCCAGACACGAGCCAAGAUAACAGCAGCUUCAAGAUCUUUGCCUCCACAUUUCAGUGCUGGGAAAGCCAAGGUGGACACUCUUGAGGUGAUCCGGCAUCCUGAAGAAACCACCAACAUGAAGAGGCAAACCAUGGCAUCCUACUUCCGGUAUUCUCUGAUGGAUCUGCUCUCCAAAAUGGUGGUUGGACAGCCCCAUUUCGUGCGUUGCAUUAAACCUAACGAUGGCCGCAAGGCCUUACAGUUCUCUGAAGAGAGGGUCCUGGCCCAGCUCCGCUCCACGGGGAUCCUGGAGACUGUCAGCAUCCGCAGGCAGGGCUAUUCCCAUCGCAUCCUCUUUGAAGAGUUUGUGAAAAGAUAUUAUUACUUGGCAUUCAGAGCACAUCAAACACCUCCUGCCAGCAAAGAGAGCUGUGUCGCUAUCUUGGAGAAGUCCAGAUUAAAUCAUUGGGUACUGGGAAAAACAAAGGUUUUUCUCAAAUAUUACCAUAUUGAGCAAUUAAACUUGCUCCUUCGAGAAGUCAUAGGCAGAGUGGUCGUGCUGCAAGCGUACACUAAGGGUUGGCUUGGAGCCAGGAGAUACAAAAGAGUCCGAGAGAAGAGGCAAAAGGGCGCAGUUACCAUCCAGUCAGCCUGGAGAGGAUAUGAUGCUCGCAGGAAAUUUAAGGAAAUAAGCAACAGAAGGAGCGAGUCUACUGUUUGCAUCCAUGCAGUUCUGAAGACUGACCAGAAAAGCCAUCCAGUGGCAGAGCCCAACAAUGGCCAUGAAGAAACUUCAAGCAUCUCCCCUGCUGACACUGAGAACAAUCGGGAUUCACAAACCCACAGUUCUCCAAAUGGCAGUGAUGUCUUUUCUGGACAUGCAAAUAAGCUCGUGGUUGCCGGGACUGCUGUGCUGUGUUGUCAGACAUGUCAUGCUGCCCCCGAUGAUGGCCAAGGACUGAGCCCCCAAGAAGCCCCUCACAAACCCAGUUCAGAAGAUGGCCUUACACAGAAGCAGCGACCACCUCGCCGACGAUGUCAGCAACCCAAAAUGUUGAGUAGCCCUGAGGACACCAUGUACUAUAACCAGUUAAAUGGAACUCUAGAAUAUCAAGGGAGCAAGAGGAAGCCAAGAAAACUUGGCCAAAUCAAAGUGCUGGAUGGGGAAGAUGAGUAUUACAAAUCGCUGUCCCCUGUCGCCUGUGUCUCAGAGGAGAGCAACUCAGCCUGCCCUUUCUUUUUUUACCCAUCUUCAAAAAGAGACUCUUUUGCUCAACAUUGAAUUGCAUCUCCUGACCCUAUAUCUGUCCCAGGUUUUAGGAAGGAACUCACCAGCAGUCAUCAGAGGAGAGUCCUGAUUAGCUACAUUAUGACAUAAGGAAUAAAUGCUACCACGUGAUUAUAAACGGGUCAUUGCACAACUGCUACAAAUUAAAAAAUCAUUAAUCAUGUAGAAAUAUGGGGAAGAGUUAUAGUAAAAUUAAGCAAAAGUUUAGAGAAUAUAUAUGAUAUAUGUUAUGGCUACAGCAAUGUGAUAGAAAGCAAGCAUAUGUGAAUUGAAGAUAUACUACCUGGGAGGGAUGAUGGACAAACAGGAUGAAGUUUAUGUUUCUGUUUUCAUGCAAAAUUUCAAUAAACACACAAGAAAAGAAUGGCUGCCUGAAACUCAGUAGUUGAUUGAUAUAAGAGAGGAGGGAGAUGUGGUCCAGGGA